UUCCAAAAAAUUCUUCUGGUUAACCUCCCCGAACGACAUGAUAAGCUAGAUGCUCAAAUCGUUUCGUCUUCAAUCACAGGAUUCGAAUUCGAAGUCAUAGCAGGAAUAAGUGGAAUAGACAUCUCUGAGGCAUCAUUACCCCCAACAUUCGACCCUAAAACGAUCAACGAGGGAGUACACACAAUUGGAGCAUGGAGGGCGGAAUUGAAUGCAGUGAGAACAAUCAUUAGGGAAAGAUUAUCGUCCGCUUUAAUAAUGGAAGAUGAUAGUGAUUGGGAUUUGCACCUGAAAUAUCAACUCCUUGAUGUUGCUCGGGGGAAUCGCUUCCUUUCUCGCCCCAAAGACAACCCUUCUGCCGAAAACACCGAAGACGAGCCACAAACAGGAAAAGACAGUGCCUCAAGUCCAACCCACUCACCAUACGGCGCGAACUGGGACAUCAUCUGGCUUGGGCAUUGCGGAAGUCAUUCGGACCCUGGCACACGCCGCUUCGUCCUCAAGAACGACCCAACCGUGCCUCGAGAGUCAGAUAUACAUGUCCCAGCUGGCUCGCCGGAGCCGGCAAGUUUGUGGAAGGAACCCGGCACUCGAAUCAUGUAUAAAAGCGGCCACGGCGUAUGCAGCUGGACAUAUGCAGUCUCAUUUAUCGGAGCACAGAAGCUUGUCAAUGCUAUGUCUAUCGAGCCUUUCAACCAGGGAUUUGAUCAGGGAUUAGGACGCCUUUGUAGUAGUGGUAUACUAAGGUGUACGCACAUAUUCCCCCCAAUCUUUGGCGCUCAUGCACCGGCUGGCAGUGCCAACCGAGAGAGCGAUAUUACGGGACACCGGGCUGGGACCGAGACAAGAGAAAGAGGACGAACGCAUAACGUUUUGUGGAGUACGAGGUUGAAUAUCAAGAAUAUUUUGGAGGGAAAGAAAGUUGAGGCGCAAUGGGAUGGGAUCCCGGAUUUGAAAGAUGGAAUGAAAAGGGAGUUUAUAAUGUGA